AUGAGCCAGGUGGAGGUCAGAGGAGCCCAGAUGAGCCAGGUGGAGAUCAGAGGAGCCCAGAUGAGCCAGGUGGAGAUCAGAGGAGCCCAGAUGAGCCAGGUGGAGAUCAGAGGAGCCCAGAUGAGCCAGGUGGAGAUCAGAGGAGCCCAGAUGAGCCAGGUGGAGGUUAGAGGAGCCCAGGUGAGCCAGGUGGAGGUCAGAGGAGCCCAGAUGAGCCAGGUGGAGAUCAGAGGAGCCCAGAUGAGCCAGGUGGAGAUCAGAGGAGCCCAGAUGAGCCAGGUGGAGAUCAGAGGAGCCCAGAUGAGCCAGGUGGAGAUCAGAGGAGCCCAGGUGAGCCAGGUGGAGGUCAGAGGAGCCCAGAUGAGCCAGGUGGAGAUCAGAGGAGCCCAGAUGAGCCAGGUGGAGAUCAGAGGAGCCCAGGUGAGCCAGGUGGAGGUCAGAGGAGCCCAGAUGAGCCAGGUGGAGAUCAGAGGAGCCCAGAUGAGCCAGGUGGAGAUCAGAGGAGCCCAGAUGAGCCAGGUGGAGAUCAGAGGAGCCCAGGUGAGCCAGGUGGAGGUCAGAGGAGCCCAGGUGAGCCAGGUGGAGGUCAGAGGAGCCCAGAUGAGCCAGGUGGAGGUCAGAGGAGCCCAGGUGAGCCAGGUGGAGAUCAGAGGAGCCCAGAGCCCAGAUGAGCCAGGUGGAGGUCAGAGGAGCCCAGAUGAGCCAGGUGGAGAUCAGAGGAGCCCAGAUGAGCCAGGUGGAGAUCAGAGGAGCCCAGGUGAGCCAGGUGGAGGUCAGAGGAGCCCAGGUGAGUCAGGUGGAGGUCAGAGGAGCCCAGAUGAGCCAGGUGGAGGUCAGAGGAGCCCAGGUGAGCCAGGUGGAGGUCAGAGGAGCCCAGGUGGAGAUCAGAGGAGCCCAGGCUUCUCAAGGUUGUUGUUGUUAAUUACCCAAGCUGGUCGUUCUCAUUACCCCAAGAUACCCACCCUCAUUACCCCAAGAUGCCCACCCUCAUUACCCCAAGAUGCCCACCCUCAUUACCCCAAGAUGCCCACCCCUCAUUACCCCAAGAUGCCCACCCUCAUUACCCCAAGAUGCCCACCCCUCAUUACCCCAAGAUACCCACCCUCAUUACCCCAAGAUGCCCACCCUCAUUACCCCAAGAUGCCCACCCUCAUUACCCCAAGAUGCCCACCCUCAUUACCCCAGAUGCCCACCCUCAUUACCCCAAGAUGCCCACCCUCAUUACCCCAAGAUGCUCACCCUCAUUACCCCAAGAUGCCCACCCUCAUUACCCCCAGAUGCCCACCCUCAUUACCCCAAGAUGCCCACCCUCAUUACCCCAAGAUGCCCACCCUCAUUACCCCAAGAUGCCCACCCUCAUUACCCCAAGAUGCCCACCCUCAUUACCCAAAUGCCCACCCUCAUUACCCCAAGAUGCUCACCCUCAUUACCCCAAGAUGCCCACCCUCAUUUCCCCAAGAUGCCCACCCUCAUUACCCCAAGAUGCCCACCCUCAUUACCCCAAGAUGCCCACCCUCAUUACCCCAAGAUGCCCACCCUCAUUACCCCAAGAUGCCCACCCUCAUUACCUCAAGAUGCCCACCCUCAUUACCCCAAGAUGCCAACCCUCAUUACCCCAAGAUGCCCACCCUCAUUACCCCCAAGAUGCCCACCCUCAUUACCCCAAGAUGGCCCACCCUCAUUACCCCAAGAUGCCCACCCUCAUUACCCCAAGAUGCCAACCCUCAUUACCCCAAGAUGCCCACCCUCAUUACCCCAGAUGCCCACCCUCAUUACCCCAAGAUGCCCACCCUCAUUACCCCAAGAUGCCCACCCUCAUUACCCCAAGAUACUCACCCUCAUUACCCCAAGAUACCCACCCUCAUUUCCCCAAGAUGCUCACCCUCAUUACCCCAA